AUGCCCGCCAAAUCUCAUGUCUCCCUCCUCAAGGGGACUCCGUUCAUAACCGGCCGGUUAUUCUUCUGUCCAUCAUGUUCGCAGAUACGCCGAUUCUGUAUUAAACCAGUUUCCUCGCCGAAAUCCAUACGCAAGCGCUACGCCUCGACUUUUCCCGGCGCAUCGAUAGUCAGUGCCACGAAGAAUAUACCCGAGAGGUUCCAAGAUCUUUAUAAGGCCUUGGAGGAGCUUAAAAAUACAUCUGCAAGCUAUGUUGAUUCGAGCAGGCUGCAAUUGGCGCAGAGGGGGAUAGAGAGCGAGAACCCAAUGAUACGGAUUGCGGUUCUCGGGCUGGGUGGUACUAAGACUGCCGCAAAACUUGUACGAUUACUACUUGCUGACCCGCUGGGUCCGAAGGAAGAUUGGGAAACCUUGCUCGACUCCCGCAGUAACAGUGAAUCUGGCAGUUUUCUUAUAAGAUAUGGGGAUAAGUUUGAAGUUUCAUCUGCAAAUAACCUGCUGCCAACAAUCUUAAUAUCAUCCAGCCUACUACACAAAGCGAACCUCGAAAUCCUGGUAUCACCUCUGGGUACGAAUAUAGCCUCGUCAAGCGAAUCUUUUGCGGCCUCUCUACAGGCAGCAACCAUUGCCAUUCCAUCCACGGAUGGCACCCCUGACACACACAUCCGAUACCCUGUGCACAGGUCUAUAAUAUGUGGUGAUGGGAUUGAUGGCCUGUUUGCGUAUGGCAGAUUAGCUGGUAAAUCAAAAGAGGGAGAGCUAGGCUCAACCAGGGCCGUAUUUCAGCUUGGAUUGAAUAAAGCACCUGAGAAGAGCGAAGGAGAGGUUUCUUUUGUUGAUAUCGACUGUGCUGAAGUGGCAUUGGAUAAGUUCCGCCAAUCAGCGCAAAAUGCGACGGAUUACCAGGAAGGAUGGGACAGAAGUGGAAUUCAACCAAUUAUUGAUUGGCUCUCAGCGGGUUCUACGGAUCAAGCUGUAUCUCCUGACCUGCGAAAUUUGCUUGACUCCGUACUGAAGGAAGCAGAUACGAAAAUUGAGCAGCAAGAGAAAAAGAAACUGGCUGAUAUGCAAGCGAGCUCUGUACCCGAAGAGGUACGGAACUCGUUAGAUGUAACAAUAUCGGAAUGGGCAGAGAGAGCCCACGGCGAGCUCCAGAGCUCUUUAGAUGAAGCUUUCAGAUGCAGAAGCUGGCGGAGUCUGGUGUGGUGGAAAUUGUUCUGGAGAGUUGAUGAUGUGCCGAUGAUAUGCUCUAACCUGCUGCGAAAACAGUGGCUUGUACAGGCGGAGAAAGAAGCUCUGUGGAUCGGUGGACGAUUCCAACAAGCCCGAUUGUUAGAAGAUGACUCUGCUUCGGAUAAUGGGAAAUAUCCUCCGGCUACAGAGGGACAUUUGCCCGAUCAGUUUCCAAGCACGCCUGGUUUCACACCGUGGAAGACACAGAUAACGGAAGGUCGAAAUAGCCUCAUAUCAUCUUCCAUCAUGCCGCUGCAUUCUCUUGCACAGAGUCUAGUCACGUUCAGCAUGUCGACGACUGGGUUAACGUCAGCUCUAUCCGCUCUAACUUACAUCUCCACAACCACCACUUCCCUUAGCGAGGCUGGAACCUUUGCUGCAGUGGGCUUAAUAUACUCUCUUUGGAGGCAACAGAAGAAAUGGGACCUAGCUCGCAAGACCUGGGAAAUAGAGAUCCGUGAGGAAGGCCGAAAGGCUCUGAGGCACACGGAAGAUUCCAUGAGAUUGGUAGUACGUGAUGGAAAUAGACCGGCGAUGCCGCCUAUAGAAAAGGAAGCUAAAGACAGCAUCCGGACGGCCAAACAAGCCUUAUCAAAUGUAUUAUAG